GAUUUGCCCAUCAUUCCAUAACGGUGCCUCUGAAUCAUCAACAAUGAUCUGCCAAAUUUUUUGAUUUUCAAUUUCGUUUAUGCAAAAAAUUCAAUCACCAUUGGAGUUCGUAGAAGAUAAUGGAAGACGGGAACAAAUUUGAUCGGAAGAAGACAAUGACGAUGAACUGGGAAGGAUUAGGAGAUUUUGAAGACGAAGAUGAUGAUAGAUUCUUCGAAACUCAUGAUCGUCUCUCUUCUGCUUUAGCUUUUGACAUGUCUGCUGGUUCUUCUUCAGAUGAAGAUGAAGAUUUUGACGAUUGUCGUCUCUCGUUUUCCUCUGCCGUUUCUUCGUUAACCACCGCGUCAAGGAAAUUUCGUACGCCGGCGAUGUCUCCUGAUUACGAUAUUUGGAUGGCUGCUCCGGGAUCGAUAUCUGAGCGUCGUCGUCGUCUUCUCCAUGGGAUGGGGCUUGUUAGUAAUAAAGAUAUGGUUAGUGCUGUUUCGAUUCGUCGUGUUGUUUCUAACGCGGCUAUUGUUAGUAAUGGAGAAGAUAAGAAGAUGAAGAAGAAGAUGAAUGGUGAAGUUGAUGAUGAAUCGGAGAUUCAUCAAGAUCAUGAUCAUGACCAUGUUCCGGUUAUGCUUGCUAGGUCGAGAUCGGAAUCAGAUAUUGAGAGGUUCUUGAUUGAGAAACGAAGAAAGGAAGAUAUUUUAGGGAAGAUCUCGAAGCAGCGUCUUACGAGAACGUAUUCGACGAUUGGAGCUACAAGGACAAGGAUUUGUCAGUACCAAACUCCGAUCAGACAAUCCCCUGCAGUUUGUCGAAAUGGAAAAGCUUUGCGCGGUGGUCUGGGUGGUUCAGAGGCUCUGACAUCGGUUAUGUCGAAUGCGAGGCUUGGUGCGUUUUUCUUGAUUAAGAACCUUGAUACAGGGAAAGAGUUUAUAGUGAAUGAGUAUGACGAAGAUGGAAUGUGGAAUAGGCUUAGUGAUUUACAAACAGGGAAGCAAUUAACUUUGGAGGAGUUUGAGAAAUGUGUUGGUUAUUCACCUGUGGUUAAAGAGCUUAUGCGUAGAGAGAAUGUGAAUAGGAUUAACUACGAACCGUUAAUGGAUCUUCGGAAGUUUAAUUCGUAUCUUUCGAAAAGCGUGAGGUUGAGUAAGAGAAGAGGAGCUGCAUUGUUGAAGAACAUUAAAGGUGUAGCUCAUUCCAUGAGUUUACGGGUUGCGGAUAAAGAUGUAAGCGAUGGAAGCACCGAUAGUCCGAAAAAGGGGAAAGAUCAUAAGCAUGGUAAAGCUAAUGAGUGGGUGAAAGUUAGACCAACAGGGAAAUCUUACAAGGAAUUAAGUGCUUUGCAUAUGUGUCAAGAGAUUCAAGCUCAUGAGGGUGCGGUUUGGACUAUUAAGUUUAGUCAAGAUGCUCAUUAUCUAGCGAGCGGAGGAGCGGAUAGAGUCAUUCAUGUAUGGGAGGUUCAAGAAUGUGAACUAAUGUCUAUGAAUGAAGGGAGUCUCACUCCUAUUCAUCCUUCACUUUGUGACUCUGCUGGAAAUGAGAUAACUUUGGUAGAGAAGAAAAGGAAAGGAAAAGGCUCAUCGGGAAGACGAAACAAUCACAUUCCCGAUUACGUCCAUGUUCCUGAAACCGUCUUCUCUUUUUCUGAUAAGCCCGUUUGCUCUUUGAAAGGUCAUUUGGAUGCUAUUUUGGAUCUGUCAUGGUCCAAAUCUCAGCUUCUUCUUUCAUCUUCCAUGGACAAAACAGUCAGGUUAUGGGAUAUAGAAACCAAAACAUGUCUUAAACUGUUUGCCCAUAAUGACUACGUGACAUGUAUUCAAUUCAGUCCAGUGGAUGAAAAUUAUUUCUUAAGUGGUUCACUUGACGCUAAGAUAAGGAUAUGGAGCAUACAAGAUCGACAUGUUGUGGAAUGGAGUGAUCUUCAUGAAAUGGUUACUGCUGCUUGCUACACUCCAGACGGUCAGGGUGCACUUAUCGGGUCACAUAAAGGAAUUUGUCGUGCUUACGAUACAGAAGAUUGUAAGCUGAGCCAAACUAAUCAGAUUGAUGUUCAGAGCAAUAAGAAAUCACAAGCGAAAAGGAAGAUCACUAGUUUUCAGUUUUCCCCGGUGAAUCCAUCCGAAGUUCUUGUCACAUCCGCUGAUUCACGGAUUCGAAUACUAGACGGUUCCGAAGUUAUUCACAAAUUCAAAGGUUUUAGAAACACGUGUAGCCAACUCUCUGCUUCGUAUAGCCAAGAUGGGAAAUACAUAAUUUGUGCAAGUGAAGACUCUCAAGUUUACUUGUGGAAGAAUGACUUUCACCGAACAAGAUCAACACUCACGACACAAUCUCACGAACACUUUCAUUGCAAAGAUGUCUCAGCUGCUGUUCCUUGGCAUGGUCAUGUUAGAGGUGAGCCACCACCAGUUCAGAUUCACUCUAAACGCCACUCAAAGCGCAUAUCCACUUCGAGCCAGCCUUCAUCCACCAUAGGCUCACCAACAAGAGAAGAAACCUCGGCGACUGGACCAACUACAUCUAACCGCAAUAAAAAAUCAGGAUUACCUCCUAUGCCUAAGAAAGCCGCUACGAAGAGUCAGAUUCAACCAGAGGAAGAAGCAGGACCGGAGCUGGGAAGCAGUGAGUCGUUUCGGUUGAGUAUGAACGGUUCAGAGCAGCAUUCAUCGAGGUUUGGGGAAUCUCCAUCGAUAAACACAUCGUCAAGGUUAUCUUCUUGGUCAUGGUUCGACAGUGGAGGUCAUGGUCCGCAAACUAUACAGCCAACGGCUUGGGGGAUGGUGAUUGUGACAGCUACAGUUCAUGGUGAAAUCCGAUCUUAUCAAAAUUUUGGUUUACCGAGAAGAAUUGGUCGCCAAACUACUCUGUUUUGAUUUAAAAAAAGGAAGGAACCGGUGUUUUAUUUUUCUUGAUUUGUAUCUUCGUUGCUUGUAGAGUACGUAAAGAAACCAUCUUAUACAGAAACAACCGUCUUAUAGUGUUGAGGAACCUCUCUCGACGUUCAAAAUAUUGAGUUGUAUUGUAUCAACACAAAGAAAAUUUUGUGUAGUUC